AUGCUAUUUGCAGCCAACCAAACACCCAUUGAUGGUCCCUUUCGGGUGGAUGAUGAGGAUGCUUACUUGAGUGUGCCCCAGCUAGUGUGGAAGUAUGGUUACCAGGUGGAAAUACACGAGGUACAAACGGAGGAUGGCUAUCUUCUCGAUCUUUAUCGUAUCCCUGGCCGUAGAGCUGCUUCGGGGCAACCCCCUUUGCGACCUUAUCGUAAUGCGCCAGUGUUUCUGAUGCACUCCUUGUUAAGCAGUUGUGCCGAUUGGGUGUUGAUGGGCCCAGGACGAGGCCUAGCCUAUCUACUUGCCGAUAGCGGUUAUGAUGUGUGGAUGGGAAACGCUCGUGGUACCCGCUACUCGCGUAAACAUAUUCGACUGAAUCCAGAUCGAUCGAGCAAAUUCUGGCAAUUUACUUGGCAUGAAAUCGGUCUAUAUGAUGUCCCAGCCAUGAUCGAUCAUGUGCUAGAUGUCACCGGCUACCGACGGUUGCAUUACGUUGGGUUCUCCCAAGGUACGAUGGUUUUUUUCGUGAUGCUCUCGAAGCGUCCUGAAUAUAAUGCAAAAGUGAUCGACAUGCAGGCAAUCUCUCCGUCCGUAUAUAUGUAUCGACUGAAGGGUCAGCUAGUACGUCCGAUUGUAAAAUAUGCGGAUCAGCUGGUUUAUGGGCUGCGAUCCUCAGGAUGGAACGAGAUUCUCCCACGUAGCCAGUACCUUGCGCCUCUGGCCCAAAUAGGAUGUCCAAAUUCUAACGUCACCUUCUGCCGGGAACUGUUAUACGAUGUGGCGGGAAAGAAUCCUCCUCAGGUAGACGAUUACAGCGAUAACUUUGCCGAGUAA